UAAAAGCCUGCAUGAAGAACCUGACAUCGCAAUGUACUGAAGGUCACCAGCUCACGCUCGUCUUCAGACAACUGAGCAUUCUGCGCAUGAUCGUGACGGACAGUGGCAACUGUCCUGUUUCCAACACGACGGGUGACCCAAGGGUGGGCCUUGUCACAUCCUGUGUCGUUCAAUUCCUGACUAACGAAAGCCUUUCAUUCCCGGAUGCGGCAGCCAACUUCCUGUCCUGUCUGUUAGGGGCUGGCAUUGACGAUGUUCUGAACGGAUCCCUCCUCUUGCAGUCAUAUUCCGGGUUUGUGGCGAACUUCGCCGAGGAACUCAACCAGAUUCUGAGUGGCUUCAAUUACUCAGACUUUACAGCAGGUGUGAGUCCAAAGUGUGAGAGUAGGAUUCACUUUUCUUUGGUCGGCACCUGCUCACAGAUCCUCUCGGCACCCUCGCUCUCCAUCAGCCAGAGAGCAGCUAUGUGCUUGAACCCCGACACAAUCUUAGCUUCUCUCUCGAGCGACUGUGGAGGCACGGACCUGAGUGCUCUCUUCGGCGUCUUGGAUACCUUGCGUGAGAAGUUCCUCACCGGAUUCUGUCCUGAUGUGGAGCCCGUGCCAAGGUGCAUGAUUUCCCUGGCGGAAGCUCGCCUAACCAGCUUUUCAACCUACUUUGGAAUUGGGGCUGGAGGUGUUGUUUGCAAAGAAGCGAGAGCUGCAGUGGCGUAUGCCGUAAGGUUCACAAGCAACUGUAGCUAUGAUCAGCUGGCCGGUUUCCGAAGCAGAGUGUCUUUCACCGUAGACUUCAUCUCCCAGGCCUGUAGAGCGGACGCUCAGCUAGUCAAAUGGGCGCGUUGCACACUCAUGGGCCAGAAGGACGUGGUGAUUCCGGCUUCAUCCACAUGCCAGGAGACGCAGGUCCCAGAUUGUUUUGGCAAAGACCCGAAGACCUUGCCGUGCCGAGUAUUGGAAGCUGGUGCUCCGUGUAUCUUUAACAAAACGGUCGGCUGUGGUACCAACAUAGACGUAUCUGAUACGUUAGAACCCCUAAGGGUUUGCAGAGCGGAAUCCUCCCAGCGUCUGAGAUCUGUAAAGCUGAAGAGCCUUCGUCCAUGCUCGGAAAUACCUUAUGAGUGCGACCCAGAUGCAGCACGCAAAUGCCUUUUGGCCUUCGUACACAACUCAGAUGUCACGACCGUGAAGGCUUGCUUGAACACCAACUACAACUGCUUCGGAUCGAUGGUGACCCUGCUGAGGCAAAACGUGAGUUUGUAUGCUGGGCUUGUCAGUGACAUGCUGACCAUCACACCUUCUUGGCGGAAUCUGGACAGCAGCGCUUUGAUCAAACUGCUUACCCUGCCCAGUUACAUCUCAGGAGUCUUUGAUCAGUACAGUUCAUUGGUAAGCCUGGAUCUCUUUGACGUGUGUAUUCAAUUGGAUUCCAUUGCCAACCGCAUCUCAGACAUCUUAAAGUCCUGGAACGAGGAAGAGAGAUUUGCUGAUGUCAUCACCUGGUUUAAAAGGUCAGAGGACAGCCUCAACUAUACCAUCAACACCUUGUGCAACGACGUCGCUCUCGUGGGCCAGUCACUGGAGUUCCCGCGAAAUGGACAAGAAAAUGCCAGUUGCAAGGCACUGGUAAUCAAAAGUCGUCUGGAUCUGCUCAUCGCCAGCUCCAUCACUGAGUACUACACCCCAGAUGGUUUCUCCACAAUAUGCAGCCAAUACAAGAACUUCACGCUCGAACUUGAGGCUAAUCUGCUGAAGAACUGCUCCUCUGGCUUUUCCACGAAAGUCCACUUCGUGGCUCGCGCUGUUCAUGCCAUUCUUGGGCGCACGUGCCAGAUGCCAGACUUCAGCGUGAGGCGAUGUGACGUUGGCCGAGUCCGUGCCUGUGUGGCGGAGCUGUACGAAGUGCAACGUUUGGUGGGCGUCAACGCCACAGAUUCUGACGUCUGCACGUCCUUGGACAAAACAGAAAAAUGCGUUGAACGAUUCAGCUACAAAUGUGACAGCUUCAGAGGUGCCCAGAUUGACUGGAUCUUCUCUACUGCCCGAGCAUCUUCCGUCGGCUUCUACUGCAAAACAGAGGGCACUGAACCUGUAUGCGAGCCCAAAGACCAGGGAGACCCAAAACACGAGCGGUGCAAUAUUCCCAAAGCAAGGAGCUGCUCCUGCAAGAAUAUGCGACUCUUUUCAAACAACGCCUUGAGCAAAGAGAAGAAGUGCAG